UGUGUUUGUAUCACAUAUAUAGUGUAAGUAAAUGUGUAUGGUAUGACAGAAAGCGAGACAAGGGAGCGGAGGAAUAUAUAGGUGGAAGAAAGAAGGAAGGAUUUGUGAUGAUACAGUGGGUAGUUGUAUCAGUCAGUAGGUUCGUAUCGAGAACAUUGGUUUGCGUUUGGUGCUUGGUGCUGUCGCUGGCCAGAGCAGAGGACAGAAGACAAUGAGAGACAGAGAUAGCCAACAGUUAGUUGUAUGGUAACGUUAAAGCAAUAGCUUCAAGUGAAGAUUGCGCUACUGCGGCUUGUAGUGUAGUGAUGAUAAAAAUGAAUUGUUAUUCUUUAUAUUCAAUGUAAAACGAAGUAGAAGCCGUGAUUCAUUUUCGAAUAUAAGGAUUAUAAAACAAUAACUAUUUAUCGUGUUUGUUGCUGUUGUCACGUAUGCAUAUGGAGCUUGAGGGAAAAAUCGAAACUCAGUUAAUGAUUGCCUAUACACGUAUUUUUGAAACUACGCAUCAGCCUUUUUUUCAAAGCUUCCCGCUUUAUUCGAUAACAGUGUCCCUGAACCGACGCUGCCUGAACCAGCUUAACAGCUGAUCGGAGUACGAGGCGGCGGUGAACGGGGCCACAAUUGCACCACCACCCCCGCGAACAGAAGAAAAUAUUGAAUAAAACAAAACUAAUCAAUGAAAGAAUUUUAUUGAUAAUUUUUGUAAUUGAUGAACAGAUCAAGGAGUGCUUGGAGGAAAUAACAAAGUAAAAUUAUACAAACUAAACUGAAAUUCAAGAAAAUAUAAAUAAACAAAUUUACACAUAUAUAUUUAUAUAAUAUAUAUUAAUAAAUCAACACUGAAAAUAAUCGAGAGAGCAGUGAAAGAAGACAUCUGUAAUUUUGACGAGAAUUUGAUCAAACAUGGUCAAAACUUUUCAAGCUUAUUUACCCUCUUGUCAUCGCACUUACUCGUGCAUACACUGCCGUGCUCACCUCGCUAAUCACGAUGAACUCAUCUCAAAGUCCUUCCAAGGUAGCCAAGGUCGUGCCUAUCUCUUCAAUUCCGUGGUUAAUGUUGGUUGCGGUCCUGCUGAAGAGCGAGUCCUGCUAACAGGUCUUCAUGCUGUCGCAGAUAUUUAUUGCGAAUGUUGUAAAACUACUCUCGGUUGGAAAUAUGAACAUGCGUUUGAAUCGAGUCAAAAAUACAAGGAGGGUAAGUUUAUAAUUGAGUUGGCUCAUAUGAUCAAGGAAAAUGGAUGGGAAUGAAAUUGAAGAUAGGGGGGGUCAUGACACACCACCCCUGCUUACUGAAACUUCAUAAAAUCAAUUUCUUGGAAAAAAAAAAUUUUUAAAAUAACUAACUAAACUGAAAACAUAAGUAUAAUGCCUAUAAUGUUGUUCUCGUGUUGCAAUGUGCGGCGCCCUAUCCCUAAUACAAAAAGUUGGAAAAAGAAAACAAAACAAUACAACAACAAAAAACAAUAGCCCUCCUUUGACAAACCACCAACGAAAGUCUGUGAUUUCAUUUGUGAUUUGUAAUCUUAGUAAUGUUUUUCCGUUCUGGACAAUUCACAUGAAAGAAUAUAUAAUAGUGAUCGUUUUUUUGUUUCUCCGUAAAUUAUGUGGAUUAAGGAGAAGAGAAAAGCGAUAUAAUAAAUAAUAAAAUAAAUAUAAAUGAUGGAUUUAAAAGAAUGGAAGGACUAAGUAAGAAUAAUGCAAUUAAUUGCUGCUUAAAGAUGAAUAUUGUAAAGAAAUUAUUUUUGAGAUUGGUAGGAUCAUGGAAUAAGUAAAGAUUUUAAAUAAAUACUAUGUAAGUAGAUUUUUUGCAAGGAUUGGUGUGAAGAAAUAAUUAUUCAAAAAGUUUCAGCGAUGCUGUUAAAGUAAAGAUGAUGUGCAGACAAAAAAAAUGAUUAAAUUUAAUUUAGAGCAGGUUAAAAAAUAAUAUGUUAAUAACGAUGAUGAUGAUGGUGAUGAUUAUGAUAAACACUUACUUGUAACAGUUGAGUGCCCUCUUAUUUUUGUUCCAUUUAUUUGCUUCUUUUUCUUUCUCUCUGUUUGUUUUUUUUUCUUAUGUAUAAUAAUAUAACUGCCAAAUUACGACGACCACGGCGUCGAUAACUCUGGCAUAUAAAUUUUUGUGUGGCACUCGUCAACAGUUUUUUUAAAACAAGAUAAAAAGUAUGAUUAAAUUCAAUGUUUAAAUGAAUAUGAAAAACAAACAAUUGCCGAAUAUUGUUAAAAAAUAAUUAAUCAAUUGAAAAAAUGAUAAUAUUUAUCGUAAGCAGUGCAAAUACAGACUGCUAGAUUGACUGCCUUGCCUGUCGAUGACAAACCCAUUGUCUGUCGCAUCUAUCGUUGGAAUCUCACUGCCGAUAUUCCUAAAAUAUAAUUAACAAAAAAUGAAAAUUAAGGUAAAUGAAUUAAGAAAAAUAAAAAAAAAAAUAAACAAUUGGAUGAAAAUAAAACUUGCCAUCGUUAAGGCACAGUCGUAGUUCUACAUUGAUUAGCUUAUUGAAGCCUAUAUUAUAAUAUUGUAGAACGUAUAAUAUAAUUAAUAAUAUAAGGGCAUGAUUGAGUGAGUGAAUGAAUCGAACACAUAUUAAAUUGAAUUAGAAAAAUUAAAAACAGGAGACCAUGGAAUGCAAAAGUUUAGGCUUGGAAUCGUAAAAAAAUGUGAUCAAGUAUACCCGCUUGAUUUUUUUACUUUAUAUCAUAAUCUCGAAUGGUUAAUACACUAUAAAUUAAAUUGUUUUAAUUGAAAAUACUUGAGUGAUCUAUUGUUAUUAUAAUACACUAUAGCUUCUUUCUCUAACAUUUGUAAGACUACAAUGUAUUUAAAUGGCAAUAAAAUAUUCAAGUAUUUUAAAUUGUAACAUUCUAAUUUACAGAGUACGUCUGUCAAACUCAUUUCUUUGUCUACCAGAUAUCUGAUAAUUUUCAAUCACUGAAAAAAUUUGUUAAUUAGUUUGUUUAAAUGAAAACUAUAAUAAUUACAGUUGAAACCGUUGGUAACAAUAUCGAAGUGACUGUUGGCUUACAGCCAUUGUAGCUAAUAAUCGUUAUAAUCAAUAAUGCCCGAUAAGCAAAAACACUUUAAGUAUAUUUAUUAGUAUUACAAUAAAUUCACAUCUAUAAUUUUAUAUCUUACAUUUAAUAACGUUAACUAAAUUUUUUUUUUUUUUUUUAAUUGAAAUGUUACUCCAAAAAAUGGCUUGCAGUCAACUAAUCAGAUAAACAAUAUUCCGAAUUAGAAAAAAUUUUAUGUACUUUUAGAUAGCUCAUUCAUUGAAUACAUGCAUGUAGAAAUAGCAUCACUGUUUUGAAGAAAACUUUGUUUAAAAUUUUGAGGAACCCGAGAUUCGUCAUUAUACACAAACUUCAAUAUUCUCUAGUAUUUUGCUAAUUCAGCAUGUUAUCGAUCUGAUUAGUUCACCGUAACCUUAGAAAAUCUGUCAUUUUAGUUUGCUUUUACAAUGAACUGUCAAACCAUAAAUUAAUUUGAAAUUUUGAGUAUACUUUAGCUUGAUCAAGCUGUGAAAGAAUUUUAUGAGACCAUGUAUGUAAUUGUUGAAAAACAAAUAAAAGUAUUCCUCAGACGUUAUAGGCGAUACGUUUUUCUGAAAUUAUAUUUUGACCAUAGCUGUUACAAGAGAUAUCGCUAUCUACGGUUUUAACUGUAUUUUUAACUCUGUAUAAUACAGAAAAUUUAUGUCUUUCACUGAUUAUUAUUUUUUUGUAUUAUUGAAUUUAUACAUAAACAGAAACAAACAUACAUUUGGGUUUAUUUCAUGCGCGUAAAUUCGUUAUAGUAGCGUUUUUUUACGCACGCGAUAUGUUGAAUUUCAAUUAAAUUUUAAAAAAUAAGGCAAUUGCUCAUUAUUCUUAAUAUCGAUCUCAUUUUUAAAAUUAAAACAUGAAAAAAAAAAAAAAAAAAAUAAGAAAAGGUGAAUCAAUAAGGAUAAGUUUUAAUUCAAUUUGUCUUUUUUGUUUUUUAUCUUUGUAAAAACAAUUAUUCCUUCUGCGUGAUGAUACACAACUGAAUAAUGGAAAUAAAUUUUUUAAUAACAAUGGUUGAGUAGAUUAAUAUGAUAAAUUAUUAUUAGUUUUUUAUUUAUUUGUUUUAAGUCGCAUAAACUACUAAGAUCAUGAGCGACUACUGUAGGGAGUAAACUUUUUGUGGUUGGACUCGUUUUAUUUGGGCUGAGCAGAAUGAUACACUUAAAUAUUGAAACAUAUUCAUUGGUAUACGCCGGGCUCGAACCCGGUUCAAUGCUUUGGUAAACAAGAACCGGUAGGCUACUGCGUGCCCACAAAUUAUUAUUAUUAUUAAUUAAAUCUUAUUAGCUGAAACUUAUGUUUGUAAUAGAGAAAUUUCCGAGUGUAUGUAAUCUAAACUGCAAUGAUAAAUUAUAUUAUAUCUCAAAUAUAAGUAAAUAUGAAGUGAAGUAUAAAAAAUUUGUUUCAUAAUUAUCAUGAUGAUAUAUGCACAUCAAUGCUCUUGUGUCAAUCACAUGUGACAAAAAAUAGAUAAAAACUAUGUCACUCAAUACGGUGCCAAUGGCAUGAAGACAUUGAGGUUCUGAUUGGCUAAUCACAUAUAAAAAACCUGUUUGAUCUAAUCACAGAUAAUUUAGAUUGUUGACUAACAAAAAUUAUUUUAUUAAUCAUGAUUUAUUUUUAUGAUUACUGUUUUUUCAUGUAACUUGAUGAAUUGAAUAAGCUAAGCGCAUUUUUACAAAAAUUUAACAUUAUUGUUUGUGUAAUUUAUCUAAUAGUAAAAGAGCGUAUGUGAAUUUUUGUGGCGGCCUAAUCUUUGCUAGGCCUCUCGAGAGUACUUUUGAUAUAUAUAUGUGCUAAACAUAAAAAAAUAUAUGUAUAUAUCGAUGGUCCUUGUUUAUCAUAAUUUCGUUUUUUUUUUAUUUUCACGGCAAUACAUUGGUUCUAAACAAAUAGGAAAGAGUUCCUACCAAAUUUGACAUUGGGUAUUUUAUACGAUCAAGAAUUGAACUUUUUGCUUUAUAAUACUUUGCUUGUCGAUCACUUUAUACUCAGCAGUUAACCGAGUGACAUUAAGAUAUUUGUAUAUACGAUCUGAUUGAUUUUCUUAUUAGAUUUGUGCUGUGAUAGUUUAAAAUUAGAAAAAUUCGUAAAUUUAUUGUUAUCAACACAAUGUGGUUUUCGAAAAUCGCGUUUUAGAUAGAUAUCAAUGCUUUAAGGUCGAUAAAUUACAAUGUUUUAUCACACCACUUUCGUUCCUUAAAUAACUGCGUUGGUUGCAAUAUAUUACUUAUUAAACAGUGUAUUAUUAGAGAUAAGUAAACAAAAUUUCAAAUUUCCACGUCUUUAUUUAGUACAGUACCAAAACAAAACAGUGUUUAAAUGAUUGAACGUAUGAAAUACGUGUACUUUUUUUUGCUUCAAACUUUACUUGUUAUGAAGGCAAAAUUAAAAUUAAAAUGUCAAAUCGAAGGAGAUAAUUUUUUAUUAAUUGAAAGCUGACUUAUCAUAAAAAAAAAUUGGGAAAUAUCCUGAAUAAGAACUAUCUGAAUAUAUACAUAUACAUCUAUUCUAAUAUUCAAUUAUUUUUCUGUAAUUUCCUUCUUUAUAAAAAAAAAUUGGAAAAAUAAUAUAUAUAUAUAUCUAAUAUCGAGUUCACUGACCACGAAUUAACUCAAAAAUAGGGUAAAGUAUUCUAUAGUCACUCACUGAUGUUCAAACCACCAAAUUCACAGAAUUUGCUUUGUAAAGAUAUGUUGAUAAUAAAACAAAUGAUAAUUAAAAAUGGAAAA